AUGGGAAAGCGGUCGAAAGAGUGUGUAGAAGAGGAUGAAGCGGACGAGGAGCAGCCCACGAAGAAGCUGCAGACUGAGCCGCCCGAGUAUGAGGAUCCUGCCCUCGAUAACGAUGAUGGGGAGCCAACGCAGUUUUCGGUCUCAAUCGGCGGACUGAGCUUCGACACAAAGCGAGCAGCGGUGCGAAAGGCAUGCGCGAAGUUCGGCGAGGUAGUGACCGUGCGAAGAUGGGUGCGCGGGGCCCCUCGCCGAGCCGACGUCUCCUUUUCAUCAGCGGAAGAGAUGGAAGCCGCCAUCCAGGGAAUGGAGGGCAAGGAGCUGGACGGGCGAACUGUCAAAGCGAAGGCUACUCCAAAAGAGGAGGAAGUGGAAAAGGUGGCGGUGGCGGAGGCAGAGGAAGAGGGUGAGCACAACCGUGCCGUGCAGAUUGCGGUUGGACAUCGGGUUCUGGACAAAGCCGCUGAGUCCGCAGCCACUUGCUGCACUCGGCUCUGCCAGAAUACCAGAAGGGAGCUUGACAAGUUCAAGGCACAUGCCAAAACUGUUUGCUGUACGCCCUCUUUGCUGCAAAGCAAGUCUCAUACCUUUGAACUUGUGUUUGCAUUCCUAACCAACUCCUCGGAGGGCCACCGGUUCAAAGUCACUCGCUUUUCAAAAGAAAAUUCUGUCACGUUCACGGUCUUCAGCUUAGACAAUGUUAUCGUCUUCGGAGCUUACCUGCUAGCAGCUGCUGGCUACUCAUCAAUCUCCUCCGUCUGGGACAUUGACGAGGAGAAGCUGCUCCGGCAUUUCUGCCUGGAGGAUGAGUGCAAGGAGGUGCUGGCAUGGUUGACAGAGAAAGACUACAAGCGCCCCGAGGCCUUCGCAGAGCGGCUGGCGCUCUCAAGACGCCUCCGUGAGGCCAGCAAUGAACGUGUCAAGGAGUCUGACAUUCGAGAAGCCAUGAUGCUUGCGCUGGGCAGCCUGCAUUGCUUGGAUUUCAACAAGGGCCAGUCGGUGCUGCAAUCGGAGGAGCAGAAGAAGGAGGCUUUGGAUGCCACUGUGCCUGUCUUGAGCAACCUCAGCUACAUCUUCCUGAAGCGCAACGACUCGCACAACUCGGUCCGGGCGGCCACAUUGGGACUCACCUUCUGUGACAGGCUUGCAGAUGCACCGCUUCCCAUGAGGGCGAAGCUUCUGUUUCGAAGAGGCCUCGGCAGGUGCCAAGCAAAGGACUACACCGAAGCUUCUCAAGACUUUCUUGGAGCAGCCAGGAUUCUUCCUGAAGACCGCGAGAUUCGGAAAGCCUUGGAGGAGUGCAAGGAAUCAGCCCGCAAGCAAAACAGCGACUCGCACAGCAGGUGGAGAGGCAUGAUGACAAGCGGUGCUGACAAGCUGAAGGCUUCGGCACGGAGAUGCUCCAGACGUGCGCGGCGACAGAUGCGUGAGGUGCUGUCCAUGCUGGCAGAGCCUUUGCUGGCCCAGCGCUCGACAGGAUUUGUAAAGCUUCCUGAAGCUCUACCGGAAUAUCAGCCGGACGAUAGGAAGGUGUCAGAUCGGCCUAGCCUGGGCGGUCCCAAGUUCAUGAUCACCGUGCAGCUGCGACAUCGGCCUCCGCGGCGUCCGACAACGGAUGCAGCAUGGGUGCAGUUCCAAAGCUCCCCAAGUGAAGCGGAGAAGUUGCGACGAAAUGCGCAGCGCUCAGCAUCUCCAUCGAUGCACGGCCGUAUCGAUACAAGCAAGAUCAAGCAAGCUGAUGUUGUGAUCCCCGUUUGGGCACUCUGCACCGCCGCUGCAUCGCCGAAGGGAGCGAUGGGCCGAGGGAAGCCUCGCAGGGAAAAGCCUGAGGCGCCCGUCGGCGGGCCCGAGCUUGCAGAUUCCGAUGUUGAAGAGGCAGAUAUCGAGGCAUUGGCCAGGUCAAAGCUUGGGCCGGGGGAGUUCAUCCUUGGUGAAGAGCCAAAGCCGCCUCAGGACGAAUCCGCAGAGGUGAAGGACACCGCAAAGCGAGGUGUCUGCCUAGCACCGCUGCUAUUGCAACGUUUGGGUGAGAUAGAAUACAAGGUGCCCGAGGGUGCAAAGCGCGUCCCUUGGAUCGACACCAUGGCAAUAGAUGGGCAGAACAAUUUGCCGAAAGGUGUCACUGCCAAAGAUGGUGUGAAACUCGAAAGCGCCUUCCUAGGCAUGGCUGCAGAAGCAGCUGCAGAAGGGUACCGCAGGUUGCGGGUCAUGAAGAUCCCCUGCACCAGACCCAACGACUUCUAUGCUGAAAUGAUGCGGCCGGACAAACAAAUGUACCGAGUUCGCCAGCAGGCAGCAGAGGAGGAGCGACGAAUCAAGAUUGUCGAAGACAGAAAGAAACACCAAGCAAGCAAGAAGUUUGCCAAGAAGGCAAAAGCCAAGAAGUUGGAGGCACGCGCACAGGAGAAGAGGACGUCCCUGGAGCAGAUUGCCAAUUGGCGUGCUCGGAAGAAGAGCGAGGGGAAUAACACGGAUGACCAGGACUUGGAGGAGAUUCUAAGUCGACAAGGGAAGAAGAAGGAGCAAGACGGGAAGGGAAAGGGCAAGGGCAAGGCCAUGAAGUCGGCCAAGCGCCGCAGCCUUGAUGAAAAGUAUGGCUUCGGCGGCAAGAAGAAGAGGAGCAAGCAGAAUGACAAGAGCUCCACGCACGAUAUGUCUGCAUCUCCCUGGGGAAAAGGCAAAGCUAAAGGCAAGGGCAGAGGGAAAGGCAAGGGCAAAGGCAAAGGCAAAGGUCCUGGCAACAAGAGGAAGCGGUAG